AUGGACUCGAGUCGCUUAUCACCGACUUCACCUUUAACGCCAGACCGCUCCUGGACCCAUCCUUGCUCUGUAAAAAAUGCCUCCCCUUUCGACCUGUCUGCGCCAUCCCAUUCGCAUGAAACGCCAUUGCAGAAGGAGAACAGGUCCGUCAAUCCCGAAUCCUCCGAUUUAGACCAUCAUGUGUCCAACGCUUUUCCUUCUACUCCGUCAGAACAAUCCCAGACUGAGUUUCGCGCCGCCGCAAAAAACUCGACAAUCUCAAGGUUAUGGGGCGGCGCCAGCGCGGCAGCCACUGCUCUGCCGGCAUGCGGCCGGCAGGGAUGUGGAGUUGACGGACCGGCAAGAAUUAGUCGGCCGCUGACCGGCGACGAGGAGCUGUGGUGGCGCGCAAUGCACGGCGGCACUGGCGUCUGUGUUGUGGGGUUGCAAAUCUCCGGCCACGUCAGCAUCGACGAGGUUCGGGCAGCCAUCGAAACUUUGUCUGCCCGGCACCCCGUCCUUUCCGCCCGGAUAAUCAAGCCGCCCAAGGCCCACCGGCCCGAGCUCCACGUGUGUCGGCCUCCCCAACCAAUCACCGUGCGCGAGCGUGACACUGCUGACGUGGCAACGUCGGACGAUUCGGAUUGUCAGAAAGGAUUGCUGCAUUGUGUGGUCGAGAUUGAGCUAAACACGCCCAUGAUCGACGGCCAGGAUCAACCUAAAACUACUACGAGCAAUGGAGAUAAGGGCGAGGCGUGUGUUGACGUGUUCCAGGUCCACGUGUACGCGUCCCAUUCGUCCACGCUCGUCGCGCUCCGCUCGCACAUCGCCGCGCUGGACGAGCAUUCGGCGCCGCCCAUCGCGGCGGAAUUUCUGGAAGAACUGCGACGCGCCCUCUCCGCUAAAAGCACAUCCGUUAAAGGCACAUUCGCGCAAGCCUUCAACGCUGUGGGUUACGUGCGCAACGCCCUCAUUUCCUCGCACCUUCCUUUCGAGCACGGCCGAGCUGACUCGAGGAAGAACACGUUUACGACGCGAUUCGUUACAGUCACAUUCACUAAAGAAGAAACGGCUGCCCUUCUGGCCGCAGCGGAGUCGCACGGGUGCUCCUUGUUCUCCCUGGAAUGCGCAGCAGGGCUCAAAGCUGCCGCCCGGAUGAAGCAACUGGGCGGCAGAACUGAGAUUUUCAGCCUGGGAAGUGCCAUUGGUUGCCGCACGAUUCUCGACCCGCCCCUUCCCCAGACGGCCUUGGGCGAGUACAUGUCAAUGCUGCCUCUUAAGCAGGAGGUUUCCGAGAAGUUGCCCCUCUGGGACGUUGCCACGUCAAUCAGCGCCCAUGCUGAGUCAGCGCUGCAGAGGCAGCAGCAGUUUACAGACAUGCCAGUUCUUGAGCUGCUCUUCUCCACGGCUAUGAAGAUGCCGAGCCUCUCCCCGGACCACUCCCUCCGAACCUGCUUCAUCACAGCCGGGAUGCUUGCACCCCUCAAGGUCGAUUGGCAGCUAUCCAAACCAGACGCUGAAGCUGAUGUGGAGGCUCGGGCCGAGGCAACUCACUUAACAGGCAUGGGGUCGGAGCCGGUACAACUCGAGCAAGUGCUUGGCCCUGUCGUGUCUGCGCAUGGGGUCGGACCUGCCAUUGCCAUUCCGGAUACUCUUUCGGAAGGCAUUCUCCGGCUGAGCUUUGUGUUCGUCACGCCCCUCUUCACUCGCGAGCGCAUGGCGACAUUUGCUGCACUCACUCGUGAUUUCAUGCUAGAGGCAGCUCGCUUGUGA